AUGAAUAUCGAUAAUGAAUUAUAUCUUUUAGAAAUUACGGUAGAAUUUAAGUUUGUUACUAAAGUUGAAUGCAAUUUUCUAGUAUAAUUCUAUCAAUGGAAAAAUCUAAUGUUAAAUCUAUAUUCAAUAAAGUUAAUUCUUAUUAUUAAAAUAAUAAUUAAAUAGAUUUUAUACACAAGUGACAGAACUAUCAUAUUUUAAGAAAUUAAUAUAAAGUCAAAAAUAAUGAUUUGA